GGAGGGACGAUGAGAAGCAAUGCCGAGACCUCGUGCUAUCUGGACGAGCGACGGAUUCCCGAGUUCUUGAACUUCCUUAUGAGCCACCUCGCGGUCGAGCGACCGGACGAGCCUCUCGGCUACCUCCACGAGCUGCUUGACAAGUGUCUGCUGUUUCGGGCCGGCCUCAUCGAGCCGCCGUUGCUCUUCGACGCACGGCACAUAGAAAGUUUAUUUACAAGUCUUGAUCCCGACAAUAUUGGUUACAUCACGUUGGAUCAAUAUGCAGUCGGUAUGAAAACAUUAGGCAUUGCUAACUUCGAUGCGAAUCCAAUGAAGUGUAACUGCACUCCGAGUAAAGUUGAUAGGCAAACAUUUGAAGAACAGGCGAAGAAUUGCCUAAUAAAAGUUCUAUGCGAAAUGAUAGCCACACCUUGAGUGCGACGCAGGCCUUCUAUUAGAAGCGCAAGCAAGAAAAAAUGUCUCAACCUACUCGGAACGUCAGCGAGCAAAAAUAUAAGAAAUAAAUUCCCAACCCAGACAAAAAUUAUCACCGCACCACAUCCGGUAAAUUCAAAAAAACAGCGACGAAAAUGCUAUCUUUUAACCUUAAUAUAUAGAUCGCUCACUUGUCAGUCGUA